AUGGAGAGUUUGUUAGUACUACUGUUGUUGUUGGUCGCAGUGGCAGGCCAGCUGAUUACUCAAUCGUCGUCGGCCUUUCCGCCGGAGCGGUCGGACCACUGGUGUGGCAAACUCACCGACGGGACUUGGGGUGCGUGCGACCGGGCGAAUGGACGCUGCUGUGGUCUGUGGGGUUACUGCGGCGACGGCGACUUGUAUUGUGACUGGAUGCAUUGUACCAACUAUUGUCCUUCACCGCCGACGCCGCCGCCUCCUGCUUCCGGAGGAGCUGGGACGGGAGGAACGGCCGUAGUGGUAACGAAUCUUGGUGUCGGAGGAGUUCAUCAUGAAGUGAAGGUACGUGUUGUUCGCGAAGGUGACAACGAGGGGCUCGAGUUGGACGUGGACACCUUCAACAAACUCGACAUCGAUGGCCGUAAAGGUGUUCCAGAGAGUUCUUCGGUGGAGUAUCAAUUUGAGAGUUGUUGA